AUGGAAGACAGUGAACAAGUAGUAUCGUCGACAACUCCGUCCGUAGACGAAAUGAGUAGGUACGGUCAAUAUGGGAAUCAUUAUGGCAACGAGGCCACAGCUAAAGUUGGCGAAGAUGAUAUUGUAGACUUAGUUGGCGGGGCACAGGAUGCUAUUGAGAGGCACAUGGCUUCUUCCCCCGAGGAUAUAACAGAAUUUACGAAGGAGGAAACAACGGAACAACUGACAAACGAGGAUGUGAUUUCAGAUUCAACUCCAUCAGAUGAACAGGAGGAAGAGGUGACUGACACAAUUUCAGAAGCUGAACCAGUGAUUCUCAAUCCUAUUGAAGCAGACUCUUUGCCAGAACUCAUCAGGCCAGAUCCACCAAAAGCAGCUCAAGAAGCACCAGCCCCAGUAGUAGAAUCAGCUCCAGUAGUAGAAGUGUUUCCCGAAGCGGCUCCAGAAAAAGAAGCGAUUGCGGCUCCCCCAGCAGCAUCCGGUGAGUAGUCAAUGAUUUUAAACGUUUUAGACGUAAUCUGGUUUCGUAAUCAGUCUCUUGGUAAAACAUUAUUAGAGAUGUUUCAGUGUUUUCUUGUUAACUAUUAUUUGCCAUUCCCUUUACAGUUGACUAGCUAUUUAACGCUACCUUACUAACGCUACUAACUGAUAAUGUGGGGUAACGUUAGCUAACUAGCAUAACGUUAGCUAUGUGGGAUUGAUGCGACAACCAUUUUUUUUUAUUUUUAAAGCAAAUGUUUGUAGCCAGGGCAUUGUUGUGGACGGCUCGAUACAACAAUGCCUUGGCAUUGCCAUUGAUAGUUGUUUAGGUAACUAACGUUUCUGAAGUAAAUGUUUUAUGGACGGCCAAUAACGCGAGGUAACUAGCUAUGUGAAGAUGCGGCCCACCUGUUUUGACAAACUAUCAUCAGCAGGAAGGUAGCUAACGUUAGUUAGCUAAUAUAACGUUAAUGAACUGGCAGAAUUGGACUAACGUUACCUAUUUCAACGACUCCUUUAAAAAAAGUGAUACAAUAGUGUGGUCAUUUUAAAUUACAUACGAUGGUAGCUAGCUUUGCCAUAGUAUUUUUUUAAUCCAAGAAGAUGAUAAAUUGGGUCAUGUCAUGCUCCGACCUGGUUUGUGUGGUUGCGCUAGCAAAGCUAGCUAGCACGCUCUGUUUUGACUCAGUCAAGAUGGCUUGUAUAAGUCGUAACAAAGGAAUCUAAUCUAAAAUCGACCACUCCCGUUUUAGUUGUUUCUCCCCAAAAUAGCAGUUAUUUUCAUGAACGAUAACUAACUACCUAAUGGAAGCAAGCUAGCGAACGUUAUUUUUCUGAUAACAUUUUUCAUCGCACGAUGGAUUGGUUUUUCACCCCUACAAAUCUUCCACCUGAUUUAUUUGGUUAAUGUCUGACGUGUUUUUAUGAACUCCAACCAAUUCGCCUGAAAUCUGACAUUAGUUGGGAGAAAUGUUUGUAAUUUGGUUGGCUAGCUAGCUAACCACUUUCCCAAACAUGCGAGGCAAGACAGUCAGGGCGGGGUUGGGAGAACAUUAGAUUAGCUUCAAAGACCUGGUUGAGUGACUUUUCAUUGAAUUGCUUUAGGCCCGACUAUUGCCUUCGGACUAGCUAAUAGGCCUAGCUAAUUCUAAUUUUUGGGAGGACAUGCAUGUUUUAUAUAGUCUACUUUGGUUUCCUGCAAUAAUUUGUGUAGACUUCUUAAACAAGAGCGAUGCUAAAAACACUCAGGAAAUGGGCCUACAUAAAUAAAGGUAAAAUAAAAAAAGGGGCUCCCACUCCCUUUGCUGUGGAUUGUAGUCUCCGUAUCCUACAAAGGGCAAGUGGAGAUAAGGGAAUACCCACCCCACCUCAGAAUGCGUCUCUCUUUACCACCACAGCAGCUGGGUUUAUCAUCUACCAGGGCACUGAAUCACUUCUGACAAUGUAUUAGCCUACUUUUAUAUUGGCACACUAGGUUAGGUAUAGCCAAGUACCUCAACUCCACAAUGAUUUCAUCCACAGAGUAUAGUCGGGAGACUAGCGUUUUUUAAAAUUAACCUCCAACUCGCUAUGCAGUCAAUACUUCAUAAAUGUACAUUCUUAAACCCUUCCAGUGUAUCUGUUUGUCCUCUGUUGCGUGCCUUUCUAUGUUUGCUUUAAUCCAUACUUUUUAAUUAAAUGUUAAUCAAAUACAACCACCGACUGUUUUCUGGUUGCGAUUCAAUUGGCACAUGCGCAUUGUUGCCAUGUUAGAGCAACAGAAAUGAGGAAACAGUCUGGUUGUAUUUUAUUAACUUAUUAAAGUAUGGAUUUCAGCACGCAACAACAGAGGAUAAAAAUAGAUACACGGUAAGGGUUUAAGUAUUUACAUUGUUGAAGUAUCGACUGCAUUGCGAUUCAGUACUUGGCUAGGUUAGGUGCUGUAGUUGCUAUGGUGUCAGGUUAAUCAGACCUCUGUUUCUUGACAAAAGGUGUGUUCUGUGUGGAACAUGUUAUGUCAUAGUAGGGAGUGUGUUUUGACAGCAAACAUACAUUGGGUGUUUGUCAAUAUGUAUACUACCGUACUCCACACUCAUGCUCCGAGUGCAUUCUCAGAGGAUGUUCUCUUGAGUCCAUUCUUGUGAGUGUAUAGAAGGCAUAAAACAUAACAUUUGAGAAGCACUCUCAUUCUCCCUACUGUAUUACCUCACACAUGCUGCACUUCCCCAUUCACUGAACCUUCUUGCAGCCAGGACAAUGACAAUAGACGAAAGAAGAUAUACACAAAUGUUUUACUUCAUAAUUAUCAGCUAGCGUUAUGUGAAUUGUAAUAAUCUAGCUAGCCAGCUAGUUAAACAGUCAAAAAUGUCCUUAAGCUAAUGUAAUGCAAGGUGGAAGCCAAUUCUUCUUGGGUAGCUAGCUACCAAUUCUUCAUGGCUAGCAGGCAAUAUAUGAGAUGUGAAUAGGCAACAUUUCAUUCCGAAAUCUGAGUAUUUUCUUUCGCUUCAGCUCAAAUAAUGGCCACCAUUGAGUUCAAGAAAUUGUCUUUUUUUUUAUGUUGGUGAGUGAUAUUUCUCGCCAUACUUUUCGUUGAAGCUUGCAUCGACGCAAGCUUCAAUGUGUAGAGGUGGAGUACGCAUCCGAGAAGUGCCCUCCGUGCUCCGUUUCGCAUACUUUGAUUUGAACUCAUGCGACCCUCCCGUGCUACAGAUUGCAUGCUCGGAGCAUGGUAGUAUGCAUAUUGAGAAACACCCAUUGAGUUCUUCGGCGAAGAUAGCAGCAGGUAGAAGAUUAUCCCACUGCAUCUCAUGUCGAUGCCAUGCAAGAGUUCUCCUCCCCAUAAAAUCAGACACCAACAGGAAGGCCCCCUUCUCAUCUCAUAUUGGCUUGACUAGAGUUAACAUGACUUCCAUUGCAGUUGCUAUACAUGUAUCCAGCACAUCCAACCCGUUUGCUUAAUCUACACAGGAAGCCGGUCCGACCCUAGUGCAGCUGUAAGCAAGCAGAUCGGAUCUGUUGGCUACUGUACAUGUAGCCUUUCCACCAUUAACUUUCUUUACCACCUCAGACAUAUGACACGCUUAAUGUCGCAGCUCUCAUGUUCCCGCUAAGCUGCAUGGGUGUGCAGCUCCCCUCGGAUUGCCGCACAGAAUAUCCGCCUGUGCAGAGAAGCAUGAGAUUGAACAUCGCUCACCUUUUCUUGAGUUUUCCCCUUUAGUUAACCCUAUCAACGUUUCGCUCUACUGUGGGAGAUGGAUCAAAUCAACACUAUUAUCCACUUUCAAUGUAAUAUACCGAAACAAACGAACUAUGCAAGAUUUAGUAUGCAAAAUUAACUGCAAGAGAUUUUCUUGUAGGCAGAGCGCAUUGGAGUAGGAUUCUAUUGCAUUGACUGGCACUGCUCAGGCCUGUACUCUACACAGACUGGUGCGUCAUAACCAAUCAGAGCUGCAGUAGGCCUAUAUGCCUACAUUGAACACCACACAUUGGCUGCUGCUGUACGCUUAAUGAUAGAACAGCUAAUUCCAUGCAAAAAAAUGUAUGGGAUGCAUUUAUUCCAUUGUUUUUUAUGGUAGGCCACUGGUAGGCCUACAUUAUAAUAAAAUAGCCUACUUGGUCAUGGUUAACUGUAACUUAGUGGGUACAGCUUAAUUGUUCACAGUAAACGCGCCGGAAGUUGCACAGAAUUUUCACAAUGUUUGCGCUCACCAGACCUGAAAUUUGCUCAGUGCCAUCAAACAAAUUAGAGGGAACAUUGGUUGUAGGUCAUGGUGAGUGUUGGCCUAAAUUUAGGGUUCCACAAUACACUAUUCAAGCGAAGUCAUUGCCAUAAAGGCCUAUAGCUUAUGCAGAACAGGUGGACAGAAAAUUAAAGCAACUUGGAUUUCAUUAUAGCUAAUGUAUAAUGUCUAUUGGUUAAAUUUUAGGUGUACUUCAACGCUGGAACCUAGACACAAGAGGUAACUGGUCUGAAACUGGUCUAAUCUGAAUAAUCCUCAGAUUGGAAUAAUCAAUGUAAAACAUUCAUUUUGUAAUAUGAAAAUAUAUUACUGGCUUUUGAUGAGUGAAUGCUUGAUCUUUUUUUGAAUGAUUGGACAAUGGUAUUCAGAACCAUUGUUGAUGAUUGCAACUUGUGAUUUUCAAUUGUUACAUUCAUGAUCAUUGAAUCAACCAAGUAUGAUUUAUGUUUUGUUUCUGGCCUACUGAAAUAUUCCAAGACAUCUUAAUCUACAGGCUAUUGAGAAUAUUGUGAAAUUGUGGUGAUCUGGCUGAAAUAGGCUUGAAAUGACUCAAAUUGGGAGAUUUAUGCAAUUAAACAUGUCACAUUUUGAUUAAAUGGUCUUGAUUUGAAUUUGUGCUCUUUCUAUGUUUUUGCCAACUCUCACCUAAUGCUCUGCUAAGUCAAUGAUAUUAAGCCUAUGUCUCAAACAGUCCUAAAAGCUGGAAUCAAGGAUUGAAAUAAGGAAUACAGUUUUCAAAAAUGGGCUAUGUUGUCUCAUUCAAUACGCUAGACAAGAGCCUGAACCACAUUUUUGCGGCUUCGUUUAGAAAUGUGAUAAGAUUAUUGCCAUGAACAUUUGUGUAAUAUUUGCCAUGUGGCUUGUCCAUUGGCCAUGUCCAUUGACUAGAUUGACUGACAGCUAUUCCUGUCUUGUAUGCUAUAAGCUGCCUGUACAGAGAGGGUGUCCGCAAUGUGUCCCACUGUUAGUAUCUGGUUCACAUUAUUGUGGUCUUGCUUGAAAAACGUUCUACCCAGGCAUUUUGUUUUAUUUCCUCUUCUCAACUACUGGCAUUGUCAAUUUCACACUGCUACCGUCUCUCUUUCAGAUGAAAAUUUUCUUCCUCCUGCUCCGCUUCAACCUCUGAUGCAAUUUCCAAAAGGCAAGUUCUCUUUGCUGGCUGUGUCUUUGCCCUCCUGCAUCUUCUUUUUCAGUUCAUUCCUUUAUACCUGAAUUACAUUUUGACUGUCUGUGAAAUGCAUGCCAAGUUCGUUAAGGAAUCGUUUUCAUAGUAUUUGCAUUUGAGUAACUUUGAAAGUAGCUAUAAAAAAAGGGUGUUCUUUUAUUUGUAUGAUCAUGUAUUGUGAAUCCCUGUGACCAAAGUCCACUUACAGUAGACCCUAGAUAUGACAGAAGAAACUAACUUUAUAGUUACAAAUUCAUAAGACGUUUAGAAGUGAUGAUUCCCCUCAUUGAUUGCGCCCAUGUUAAGUGACUAAAUUGACACAUUACACAAGGAUUGGCUAAGAAGAAUAAAACAUCUUCAUAACUGGUUUUGCAUCUUUUGGCAUGCCAGACGAUACCUCUGAGAUAUAUCUGAUGGGAAUCACCACUUCACCUCUGCAGAAUGCUGGAAGGGCUUGCCUGGCAUGGCUUGCUAGCACUGAAGGAAUGGAGUGUGUCUUGAUGUAUUGCAUUUUCCCUCUCUACUCAAGAACUUGGGCAGAUGGGUGAUUCCCCUGCUCCCAUCUCCCCCCUCUCUCCUCUUCACUCUCCUGACUCACUGGAGGACCUCUCUUUGUCAGAGUCCCCAAAUCCAACAUCCGCUCCAUUGGGCUUCUCUUCUUGGCCUUCUACUGAGCCUCCCAAAAUGCCGACCAAGGAUAUUCCUUGUGAUGAAGAGGGUAACACCAGAUUAGGCUUUAUUAAGAACGAUGAGGAUACCGUGAAAGGGUUAGAAGCUGCUACCUACACUCAAAGUAAACAUGAUCAAAACAUUUGCUCGGAGAGAGAUGUAAGGCCCAAGUCUCUGUGUGAAGACAGUGGGGUUGUCUCUCCCGAAGAGCAGAUUUGUAGCUCAGUCAGGUCUACUACUCCUUCCCAGUCCCCCAAAAAUCCCCAGAUGACCCCUGAAUCUGACAUCGCACCUGCCUCCUCUACCCCAACAGAGCACUGGGAUUCUCCAUUCCUAGCUUCUCAAGACAACACCAGGGCCUCCAUGAAUAUGUUCUCCAAGGACUCAGCCUCCAGAGGCUCCUCUGGGUAUGCGCCAGAUAUGCUUGGCCAACCAGAUGAUGACUUAAUGUUUGAGGUGAAGAAGAAUCCAUUCCAGGGCUUCUCCCCUGUAGCAGAUGCAGGGUUCUCCCAUUUUGGGGAUACCACUUCUGACAGCCGGGCAGCUAAAAUGUCUGAGAGUCCCACCCCAGACCUGGUCCAGUAUGGCCAGGCUGGAGACUCCCAAGAUGGCAGCCCACCGUCAUAUUAUGAUGAGACAAAAACUUACGAGUCUGUCAAGAUGGCUGCGGACUCGCUCAUGGAGCCACUCAAUCAGAUCUCAACCACCCCAAAAGAGAGCGAAGACUCUGCACCUCCACCAUCUCUCCCAGAUAUCUUAAAGCCCUUCCCUCUGAACCCUGACAAAGUUGACUCUGGCUCUUCUGAAGGAAGCACUGAGCCGAGCCCUGCUCCUGUCCGGAAGAUUGUAGAGUCACCCACUCUCCCCGUCACUCUGUCAGCCACAAAUCCCUUUGCUUUCGAUUCCAAAGCUUUACUGCUGAAGGAGCUGACUGAGGAGACUGAAGCAAGAUUAGCGGUGAAGACUGAAGAUGAUAAAGGCUUUAGUGCCUUUGACCUUGUAAAGGAGGCAGAGACCACACCCCCGAGCAAAGAACCUGUCCAGAUAGAACAAAAAGAUUGGAUGUUUUCCAGUCAAGAUUCACCCAAAACAGUGAAGAAAUUAGAGCCUCUUAAUAUCCAGACUAGAAAGACCCCUGAAGAUUCUGAUUCCGAGAGUCCCUCCGCAGACUCGCUGUCCCCUGUUCUGGAGGCAAUGGCCAAGAAUCCUGCAAGUUUCCAGGUGGAGACUGAGAAGAAUGACAUGAAAGUGGAAGAGCCAGAGGCAGCAGAAGAGAUCUCUGAGCCGGAUGUCUCCUCAGAAGAGUUUGAGUUUGUCGAACGGCCCCCCAGGGGUGUGAUGGAUGAGUUUCUAGAAACGUUCGAUGGCGCCAAGUUUGCCAAGGCACCAGAGCUUAGUAUGGAUGAUGAUGAUGAAGAUGACAUGAGCUUUGGGCUGAAGGAUGUGGCGUCUGCAAAUGUAGCCCCAGAAGUUCAGGAAGAAGUUCCCAGUCAGAGCUCUUACCUCCUACUUACCCAGAAGGGUAAGGCGGACCUGGAGAAGGAUGAUAUCAACGAGCCCGCGUCUCAGGCCCCUCUCAUCCACUCGCCUGUUCGCAAACCGGAGAUGCUCGCUAAGGACACAGAGGGCCCCAAAACUGCUCAGAUGCCCAACCUGAGCACAGAAGCAGGUAAUUUCCGCAUGGAAGUUCGUCACCAUUGGUGCAUCAUCAUUUCACUCUCCUUGGUCGUCGUUUAGCUCCGCCCAUAACUCAUUUUUCUCCCAUGCACAGUUUUCACUUCUUUUACAUCACCUUUCUCUGCCUCGUCCCUUUUUACAUUUUUAUUAACCAUUAUAAUUGUGUGUGUGCAUGUGUUGGCAUGAGAUGGGUUUCAUGGUCUUGGUUUUCAUAUUCAGUAGUUAAUUCCCCCUCCACCUCCCCAUUAGUACAUUUCAGUGUCUUAAUUCUUGUCAUUGUAUUUUGCAAUCUAUCCUCUUGAUGAGGUAAGUACAGAAUUAAUUUCUCAUGACUUCACAGAAAUUGAAUACAAAUGGGCAAUGGGGGGUUUUAUGUUACAAAGAGAUUACGUUAGAAGGGCAUUGAAACCACACAGAAUAUAUUUCUAGGAAGUGACCUAGCAGUGUAUAAUCCCAUACCAAGGUAUAGCAUACAUUUCAGCCAUCUAGUAAUAUUUGAGUGCCUGUCAUUUACAUUUAUAGACCUAGAGCUUGUGAACACCCAUUUUUCAUAAUACUCCUGGUAUGAAAAUUAACUGAUCUACAAUAAUUAACUUAGCUUCUGGCCAAUGGGUGUGAAUGGGACUACAUAGGGCCUGGUAAGAACUGCCUCUCACAUGGGGUAGUCACUAGUUAACACAGCCACAAAGUCAUAAUUAUGGCCAAACACCCAUUUCUACAAUUUGGCUUCUUAAAAUUUUAUUUUAAAUUGAACCUUAUACUUAACCUUAAAUUAAGCUGUUUUUUUUGUAGCUAAUUUUGACUUUGUGGGUGUGUUAUCUAGUGGAAAUCUCUCACAUGGACCAGGGCGUGGCAGUUAGCAGGCCUACCUUUGUCUUGCUCACCCCCCAGUGGUUCUAGUUUGCCCAGAGCUUUUUGCUGUGUGGAAUUAGAUUACCUCUGUCUGCAGUCUGGUUUUAGCCCUUACUGAAAAUAACCAGAGAUAUGAAGCUGAAAUUGUACACCUCCUUAUAGGCCCCUAUAGCUUUUAAGGCCACAUGUGGAUGAAACCAGCUCAGUGAAAGGGGCAGUGUUAUAGCACAACAUGUCUAUAUAUUUAGUAAGGCUUACCGUACUGAGGCAGUGCCCUUCUGAUCUAGUGCUCUAGUACAUUUAUUUAUUUUUUGCAUGAUUGCCUGAGAGAACAUUAUAAUUUUUUUGCAGUUAAGAUGAAAGCUUAGCCUAAGUCUUUUAAAGAUGAAUGGCUUAGUUGUACCUUGCUGGUUAUUCACCCAGUGAUGCCACCGAUAUCAGUAGAGUGCAGAUAUUUAUUUAUCUGAUUGGGACAUUGCUCUGAGCCAGGCUGGUGGGCCCCAAGACAGUGUGCGAGGAAUCUCCCCGCUAAAAAAAGUAUCUGCCUGCAUUGCGACACCAGCCGAUGAAGAAUAUAGCUUGUCUGCAAGUGUUCCCUUAUUUGGUCGACCGGAUAUGCAAAACCAUCUGAAACAUCACCACCCCUGACAUCUCAUUCGCAAAACCCCCUUAGUGAGAUUGUGGGUUGUUUGAAUCCACAUAGAUCUGUAGUGACCGACCACACUGUAUGAUUAAUCAUUCACCCAUCUUCUUUCUUCAGUAAGACUACACCCUUAUUCUAGAAAAAUGAACCUUGUACGGUACCACCUAUUGUCUCUAGUGCUGAGCAUGAAUAUACAUUGGGGAGCUGUGACCCAUUUGUCAACUCUCUGAAAGACUUGCUAAAAACACUAACACAAUAUGAAUAAUUUGAAAUUAUAAUGAAGUGUAAACCUAGGCAGGCAUUUAAAAGAAAUGAGGGAGGUGCCCUCUAGUGGACUAAUACAACAAUCACAAUUUUCUCAUGUGAUUUACGACUACUGAUGAGGGUUGAUUUAAGAGAUGACCAGAUGUGUUAAUUGUUUGGCUGAUUUGAUGAUAUGAUACAGUUUAUGAAGAUGGCCUUGAUCAACACUAUUGAAUAAUAUUCAAUUCAUAAUUUAAGCGCAUUCUGCCCAGAUUCUACCCAGUGCAUGAGAUUAGGUCUCCCGAGUGGCGCAGUGGUCUAAGGCACUGCAUCGCAGUGCUAGCUGUGCCACUAGAGAUCCUGGUUCGAAUUCCAGGCGCCGUCUUUUAAAUGACUAAAAUGUAAAUGUAAUUAGAUUAUGGACCAUUUGAAUUGGUUAAUGUAGCAUAACUUUAAACAUUUUGAGGCCAUUCAGAGGGCUUCUUUUAUUUUAUUAACAGUACUCACUGUAGUCUAGGGAUUAUCUAUCUAAUCUAUGCGUUUGUAUAACUACAGAGAACGUUAGGUGGGUAUACGCCAUAUCCAUUAUGUAUAACAAUAGAGAAAUCAUGCACAAAGUAGCCUACACAAUCGCAAAACAUGUGAAAUACACUGUAUACAAAAGUAUGUGGACACCCCUUCAAAUUAGUGCUGAAGCGCGUAGCGCGUAAAAAUCGUCUGUCCUCGGUUGCAACACUCAUUACCGAGUUCCUGCACACAAGCCUAAGCUCACCAUGCAAUGCCAAGCGUUGGCUGGAGUGGUGUAAAGCUUGCCGCCAUUGGACUCUGGAGCAGUGGAAACACGUUCUCUGGAGUAAUGAAUCUUCACCAUCUGGCAGUCCGAAGGAUGAAUCUGUGUUUGGCGGAUGCCAGGAGAACGCUACCUGCACGAAUGCAUGGUGCCAACUGUGACGUUUGGUGUAGGAGGAAUAAUGGUCUGGGGCUGUUUUUCAUGGUUUGGGCUAGGCCCCUUAGUUCCAGUGAAGGGACAUCUCAACACUACACCAUACAAUGAAUUACAUUCUAGACUAUUCUGUGCUUCCAUCUUUGUGGCAACAGUUUGAGGAAGGCCCUUUCCUGUUUCAGCAUGACAAUGCCCCUGUGCACAAAGCGAGGUCCAUACAGAAAUGGUUUGUCGAGAUCGGUGUGGAAGAUCUUGACUGGCCUGCACAGAGCCCUGACCUCAACCCCAUCAAACACCUUUGGGAUGAAUUGGAACGUAGACUGCGAGCCAGGCGUAAUCGGCCAACAUCAGUGCCCGACCUCACUAAUGCUCUUGUGGCUGAAUAGAAGCAAGUGCUCGCAGCAAUGUUCCAACAUCUAGUGGAAAGCCAUAGCAGAAGAGUCCAUGAUUUUGGAAUGAGAUGUUCGACCAAUGUUAUUUUCUUUUCUUUUUUCUUUUACAUUGUUUGCAAACUGAUAUGUGACGUAGUAAUGCCAAAAUAACAUGCAAAACAGCCCCCCCCCCCCCACCUAAAAAGGUGCUGCCCCACUUGCCCUGAAUGACGGGUCACCACUGAACUUAUAUCUAUCAGUAAAUGCUAACUAAGGCAACAAUGGGUAUGCAAACCAGGUAUUGAAAAGGUUUGGUCAGGAGUCUUGGUUGAAUCUUUGUGAUGCAGUCAUCAUGCACUGUUUGAAUUAAAAUGUAACAGCUUUCCCAAAAAACCUUACCAAUUAAAUGUUGACUGCAAAGUAGGCCUACCUGGCAGAACGAUAUGAUGAUUUUCUAUCAAUCGGGAGUGCAUUUGUUUUGCAAACUGCCAUCACAUGUACACUGUAGGCCUACAUUGUUGUACAGAAACACUGCUAGCCAAACGGUCUCUUGCUAGGUGUGCAACUGAAUUAAAGGAAAACUACACCCUCCCAAAAAUGAUUUACAUUUUUCCCAGACCUAAAAAAGGGUCUAUAUGGUUUAAGCAUUGUUGUGGAUUUAGAACAUCCAAUUUGUUGUUUUUGUCUAAAGUGUGAUUUUGAGUGAACCUGAAAAAACUGAAGGAAAACUUAUAUCAUUUUUCACACAGGGCAACUUUCCUUCGCCAGGCUGGCAGUUUUUAGGAUUGUUUUUGCUCCAGGCGCCACUGGGUGGAGUCAUCUACUCACUGCUUUGUCAUAUGUGGUGGUGAGGGGAGGGAUAAACACGUGUACAUUUGCGCAAGGGGAGGGAGAGUAUCUAUCUGGGAGAUAGGGGGGAGGGAGGCGGGGGAAGUUUCUAGCUGCUGCGUCAGAGCAUUAGGCGUUCUCUGUGCCAGCAGACAGUCCGCUGACCUCAGUCCUACACCCUGAGAGAAGGGGUGAGAGGGAGGGAAAGAGACACAGAGAAAGGAAGAGCGAGACAAGGAACACUGCAGUUGUCUAACAGGAGGAAGGUUUGGUUGUCCCCCCCAUCUUCCACCUCGGUCCCCGCACCCCACCCGCCUGUAGCCCAACACACUGUCUGGAAUGCCCUGCUGAUACCUACACAGCGGCUCUAUCAUGGAAAACGGAAAAACAGAAAACGGAGACUCCCAGCCUCCGCCACAGUGGAAAGACAAGGGUAUCUUCUUCCUUAUUUUACUGUUGUGGCAACCUUUUCUAAAUUUGUUUUUUAGCAGUGAUUGCUGGGUUCUAUAGUCAGAUUUCAUUUGUGAAAUGAAAAGUAGUCAAUUUGUUUUUAGAUGGUGGUUAUUAAACAAUGCGCAGGUAUUGUGGACAUUCGUAGGAUGUUAUUGGUAAUGACUUUGGUAGUUUUGACUGGGUUGUUGGAGGUUGAUUGUCCCAUCCAAUCAUGCAUAUCAUUUGCUCUAUGAAUGAGUAGCCGUCCGUAAAUGGAUAACUGAUUGUUGGUAGAGGCACUCUUAAAAUGCUUAUUUUUUUUCUAUAAUUUUCUCUGGAUUGCUGGCAGAUGACCUUUGGUCAGAGUAGCGCUGACGGGAGUAAGUCUGUCCAAAGGUGCAUGGUGGAAAGAGGGGCGUUGAGCUAAAGUGAGAUUACAUUGUCUAAUGAUUCCAUGCAGCCUGGAGUUGACACCACUGCCUGGUCAGCUACUACCAGUGCACCAGGAGUCUCUUCCCCAGGGGUCUCUCUAACCCCUCUGACAAAAGUGCUUCUGAAUGCAGGGCCAGCCUUCAGCCCUACAGUUUGCUGAUGAGGUGUUUAGAAAGGUGUAUAGAAGUCAAUUGUUCAGCAUGUGCAAAACUGGUCAGAUUCACAUUUAACCUAGAUGGCAAGCACCAGAGGAUCCAUGUGGCUUAUGGCAGAAGAGAGGUCUUCUGGUGUUUUCCAGGCCCAGCUGUAGCCAUCUGCUUUCAGAUCAGACUGGGACAUGGGUUGCCUGAGCAUCACACUGGUGCUGUGGCUGUGCUCACUUCUGCUGAUUGUCAUGUGUGCUGCUGCCGUUGCAUCAUUCUGGGAUGGGACUCCGCACGCAUUGCAACAAAGGGCAUUGUGUUCAAAGGGCCUCUGUGCCAACUCUAUUUGACUAAAUGGUAUGUCAUCCAUUCUCGCAAUUACUAUCUGGCUGAGCAUGAAAGAGGCACUUGGCCACUAUCGGAUAGGGUAAUGACAGUGUAGUAGUUAGUUUUAGUAGGCAAGGAUAGGUAGCCUGACGACUCGUACUGUAGUCUGAGACUGCCGUCAUUGAAGUCGAUUGUGGUGAUGAGGGGCACGAGGUGUGUUUUGCAAAACAAAGUCAUCCGCGAUUGGAUCGUCUCCAACCGAUCAGAGUAUCAAACCCAAUUGCUAAUUUUCAAACCGUCUCAUUACCCACGUGUGUUCUGGCUCUGGCCCAACCCAUCGGUUUCUGGAUCAAUCAGAGGGCCCGAAUGCCUUCGCAUUCUGUGAAGGGUCGAGUAGGUACUCCGAUCCAGACUCCCUUGGGCGUGGAGUAGCCAAAGACAGUACGGUAUGAAGAUGGGCAGAAACUGCUUCUCCAAUAUAAAUCCUUGAUCACAAUUGUAGGCGAUGUCAUGGCAACGUUAGCUAGCAAAGCUCAUGUGUAGAAACACGUCAUCGGGUCUAACGGUCGUCUUGCGCCGAACUGCUCGUGCAGUCCAUCAAAUCAAACGCACUCCUUUGAAAUGAAGUUGUUUUUGACCAAAAUGAAAACGUGUCAGUUUUUCACUUCUCAUUGACUUUUCAAACCCCGGCCUGGUCUGUUUCGCAAGCGUUCCCGAAGUCUCGCAAUGUAGCGCCUCUGGAUUUAGAAACUCUGUGGCGUAGCGUUUGGCCGGAGCUAGCCUACGCUAACAUCCAGUUUUCAGGGAUACAGUAUUCUCAAUAUAACUUCUGUUUCCCCUGAAAACCGGAAGUGGAAACACCACUCAGGCGUCUUUUUACGCUUGCCAUGUUAGGUUAAAGGAGUCUGGGUAGCCAGGCAAAAGCAAAGGCCUAUCGUUUUUCUUUGAACUUAAUAUGAUAAAGGGUGAAUUGAUUUCUGUCGGACAUGUAUUCUGAUUUAAGAGUUUGAAUAGGACUGGUUCCAACUGGGGCAUUAUGGCUAAAAAAAAUAUGUUCUUACUAACAUGAACUCACUGCCAGGCACUAGUUGCUAAAUAUUGGUCCACAGCUUCAAAUGGUUGUAUGAAAGACUUUCAAUACAUUGCAAACUGCCUCUGGUGUCAGUUUCUACAUUUGUUGGAAUAUGGCUUUGUUACUCCUGAUUUUAGAUUUGAUCUGACUUUGUAUGUCUGCAAAGAUGCACUGUUGUAUUAUGUUGAUUGAGCUGGGUAACAUUUGCAGAGUUAUGUAUGAUUUUCCACACCUACUACUCGCCGAUUUUCAUUCCGUGUUGAAACCAAAUGACUAUUCAUACAAAGCUUUACCACUCUUCCCUCGAAUAGUAGAAAAGCUCAUUCACAUAUUUGCAUUGGUCAUGUAUUGAAACGUAUUAUGGGUUAAUUAUUAAGGGCUGAGGCGCUGCAGAGCUGCGCAGACAAGUAGACUUCAAAUCGAUCUAGCAGGAAGUGAACUGCCUCGCUAUCGCUCGCACAGCUGAGCUAGGAGCUGGUGCUGAAUGCGAGGAGGCUCAAGAUGGAUGCCGAACGGGGUUAGUGCUGUCAUUCUCUUUCGUUUACGAUGCUGCUUUUUUCAUAUCACAUUUAUAUUCGAUUGUAUUGCCAUUUUAAUUAAACACUUUUGCUUGACAAACGCUUUGGGGGGAGGCGGAUGCGUUGGAAUUGAGCUGUGCGUGGCGCUAGUAUGUAUAGGGCACGCUACUAGGCCAAACUGGACGUUUUAUCGUGAUGGGGCUGCACUGGGCUGAGAACGACAUGGCGUUAUGGACGAUUCAUGGCCAUUUCCCUGUUUAUCUAUAGCCCCCAUUAAUAUAUUAAAUACCAGUAUGUAUACGAAAUGACUUGAUUAAAACAUGGCGUGUUUAUAGGAUGAGGUCAGCGCUGUUGAUAAUGCGUGGGCUAUUUUUAGGUCCUCAUGCUAGUGCAUGCUUACCAUAUGUAGCUAGACAGACACGUUCGGACUGAAAGAGCUCCCCUUCACGUUUUUAUUCGUUCCACGUGAGUUAAUAUCGCUAGCAACAUUAUAGACAAAGGGCCACGGUGAUGCACAUUUUGGGGCUGACCAGCUAACUGGCUAAGGCUAAUAUGCUAUUUAGUUAUACAUGGAAAGACAUGUAGCCAAGCUUGCUAAGCUAGCUAGCAUCUAGCUAACGUUAGGGUUUUGGAUAAAUGAAAAACUGACUGCUUCUCCAUCCAAAAACCGACACCGCACGACGUGGUCCAUUAAGGAUUGUCUGACUUGUAUCUCUGAUUUUGAUGCCUCUCAACCAUUCUUGUGACUUUUGACAGUCAAAAGUGUGACCCUAGGCUGGCUGAUGCUGCUUAUGGUCUUGGUCCUGCAGUUUAUUUAGGCAUUCGACUUCUCGUUGUCAGCUGUAUGAUCAUAUCAUCAAUUCAAUCACAUGUAUGCAGCAAAAGUCGUUGCUUUGGUAUCAAGUACUUGAUAUGAUGAUCUUUUUGGCAGAAACUUGUCAAAUGUUAAGCCAUUUGACAUCUGGUAGCCUGCCAAGUCAUUUCACAUUGCAGACUCAAGCAAUGUCAGCUUGCUGGCUAGCCUACGUUUUUGAAAUGAGUCAGCCAGUAGGAAAUCAACGUCUGUUUCACAUCUAAUAUUGUACACUGACCUGCUAGGAAUUCCUGGUGAAACACAAGCAUGGGUCUGUCCUGCUCCCAGCUCUGUAAUUUUAGCCAACCCCCACCCUGUCACUCAAUCUUCACAAAGAAAUGGGCGUUAGGCCUAUAACAUGACUCCUAUGAAUAGAGGUGGAUUACCUGCAGUGCUGUACUGGUACAGCAGUAAACCAAAACACCCGGGAUUUCUUUUUAGUGGAGUGCACAUAUCCAGACGAGCUCAAUCAGCAUAUGGCUAGGAGCUAAUGAUCUGCAGACAAAUCAUUAAGAGUAUAGAAUUUCAUAGAUUUCUCCCUGAUUCAUCCCAUCUCCACAUCACCGCCAUGAUAUAGCGUAGCAUAAUGUGUUGAAAGGAAGCCCACCCUACAGCUAUCUGACCCUGUCCCUUCUCCCCUGCAGUGGUAGAGCUCCUGUACUGGCGUGAUGUCAAGACCUCGGGCGUGGUGUUUGGCGCUAGCCUCUCCCUGCUGCUCUCCCUGACGCUGUGCAGCAUCGUCAGUGUCUCCUCCUACAUCGGUCUGGCUCUCCUCUCUGUCACCAUCUGCUUCAGGAUAUACAAGGGGAUCCUGCAGGCCAUCCAGAAGUCUGAUGAAGGGCACCCUUUCAAGUGAGUAACCCACUUCUCAACUUACACCAUGAUGUAUUGCAGACAACAUCCAUAUAUUCUAUUACGUCAUACAUGCCUUACUUAUUAGCCUUACAUCCAAAGGGCAGAUAAGGAUGUCUAGCAGAGUAACUUUCUAAUACCGCAGCCUUGUAGGCCCAUUAGAAUAAUAUAAGACCAUGGAAUGGUGAUCAAUAUACCAAGGAAGUGUUUCCAAAGAGUAUGCAUCUAUACAGGGUUUUAGGAUAAUUCCAUUUAGUCAAUUCAGGAAUUGAAUUCCAAAUAAUUGACUGAAUUGAAACCCCACAUCUGUUUUAGGAAUUUUCAAUUUGAACAUUAAUCCAGCUACUUGGCUAAUUGAUAGAGAUGACUCGGUUGGAGUAAAAUAUUGACCCGAAAGCUGUUCAGGAGAAGUGAGCAACACUUGAUUAGAUGGGUUGCAGUAGUGGAUGUAUUCCCAGCCAUUGAGGGAGAAAGGGACGUGGCUCCUAUUUGAGAGUAAACAUUGCCACUCAGUCGCACAAACAGAGCUGCUACUCAGGUUAUCCCCGUUCCUGGAAGUGGCUCAAAGCCGCCGCAUUGGGUUCUCACCAACCACUCAUUAAGAUUGAAUUAGCUGGGUUUAAGAUUAGAGGGAAAGUGACUGGUGCUCAAAGUCAUAACUAAGCCGGUUCUUGGCUUUGCAUUCUAAGAAAUCAAUCUAAACAGAAAAAGGCCAACUAUACUCCUCGACAACCUGUGUGGGCUUCAGAGGUUAUUGUAGACCCUUCACCCAUGUUUUCUGAUUACAUUCUCCAUAUCGUUAUUAGCGUUAACUCCAGUGUUGAAUAUUAAGGCACCAAAUAUGGAUUCAGGAUUUGUCUUGCGAUAUACAUAGAUCCAUCGCUCAUGUUUUGUCUUGCAGGCUGUACCUGGAUCAGGAUGUAGCUCUGUCAGAGGAAACUGUCCAUAAGUACAGCGACUGCGCUCUGGCACGGUUCAACACAACAGUCAACGAGCUGCGUCGCCUCUUCCUGGUUGAAGACCUGGUGGAUUCCCUAAAGGUGAGACUGUUAAUGCAACUGAAGAUUUUAAAGAUGUAAGCCAAGAUGUAAGACAUGUGCAUGGAAAUAUAGUGCUUGUAUAGGAGGUACGGCCACUCCUGACCUGCAAACUCAUAUUUAAUUUCAGAAUUGGUUAGGAUAAUAAUUGACCUGCGUUCGCUAGUUGGGGAGCCCUGCCCUGAUAGCUACUGACAUUUCAGCUGAAAACAUUUGCCCUUAAAUCUAUGAUUACAUUCACAUGUAAAAUUAGUGGCUUUGAGCUUUCCUUUUAUUUUGUCCAUGUACAGUCAGGCUGAAGUAGGUGACCCCCAGGGGGUCUUAAGUGGGAAACAGCAGCUGUUGAGAGCUAUGAGGUUUCUACAUGCCUGUCAACACCUUCCAGUUCAACUCUUGCCCUGUCCACUGUUAAGGCCACUCCAGCCCCUUCCUCCCAACCUGUCCUGGCCCCUCUCUGUGGGUGGGGGUAUCUUUGGUCCUAGCCCGGCCUCUGUUGGAGGGUACAGUGAGUUAGACCUCUAACCAUUCAACAGAGCCAUUGGCUACAUCGAUUUAGGUUUAUUAAGGUUCAAGUGUCAUCUAUUUAUUCUGUAGUGUACCAUGUGAGCAGAGGGAAAUGGUGAACUUCUGCCAAAUGUUGUAAAUAAACCAAAUCACUUUGGCUACACCACCAUGACCUUAUUUAUACAUUUGGGACAAGGUAUAAAUGCUUGUUGAUGUUUUGAUUCCAGAUCAGAGAUUCUCAGACAGUUUCUUUAGUUGAUCAUUUUAAGAGCUCUUUCUACCAUGCCCAUUUAAAAAGUGGGCUGUCCACCUUGCCUACCAUAUAAGGAUGCAUGUGAUCCUGGAUUACCACUGCGAAGUGCCGUGUGUGUAAAUGCCGUAGGAAUGAAUAUGCUACAUUUAGUGAAAUUGUUAUAGAAUGGCUUUUCUAAUCUGUAUAUGGAAAAUGGUCUCGUACAUAUAGGCCUAGUGUUUUAAACACACUGAAAUAAAACCUGUCAUUCUUCUCCCAUUCAGUUUGCUGUGCUGAUGUGGAUUCUCACCUAUGUUGGUGCCUUGUUCAACGGACUCACUCUCUUUAUUCUGGGUAAGAUGCUUUAUAAAUGGUAUUUAAAAAUAUAUGAAUAAAGGCAUUUAUGAUGCAUUGUUUUGUUACUAUGGUGCCUAGGAAAGUAGUAUCAUGUGAUUAGAUCUGUAAUACUCUCAGGAACAGGCCUAAGCUGGGUUUAUUUCAGGAUACCUUGCGAGUCUGUAUAGAGAGAAAGAGGUUGACUAACAGGUGUCGGUCUGACACCCAUUAUAACCGCCAGCUUCCUUUUUCAUUAGUUUGACAUGUGCAUCUGAUCCACCCUUUCCGGGUCUGUAGGGACAUGCCCUCAAGUUACUGUUUAGAGAUUGCAGCAGAGUCAGGUUGAAUAAUGCCUCGUUGUGUUGUUGUAGAUCAUGGUCUUAUUAUUCCCCCCUCUCUCCAGGUCUGGUUGGAAUGUUUAGCUGCCCCAUUGUCUAUGAGAAGUACAAG